AUGACGGUUACAUGCGAAUCACUAGAGGAAGUGGAGGCGUUGGCGGCUGAGUCAAUCUGCAGGGUGGAGAGUUGGAUGCAGAACGCGAAACUGCAAAUAGCGCAUCAUAAAACGGAGAUACUACUGGUGAGUAAUCGGAGAGCAGUCCAACACGUGGGGAUUACCGUAGGCGAACAUACCAUAACCUCAAAACGCGAGGUGAAGCACCUGGGCGUGAUGAUCGACAAUCGGUUAAAAUUCAACAGUCAUGUUGACUACGCAUGCGAAAAGGCAGCGAAAGCCAUCAGUGCACUGUCUAGGAUUAUGCCGAAUAACUUUGGACCAAGCAGUAGCAAGAGGCGCCUCUUAGCCAGUGUAUCAUCGUCGAUACUGCGGUAUAGUGGACCAGCCUGGAUUACAGCGCUCCAAACCCAGCGCAACAGAGCGAAGCUGAGAAGUACGGCCCGACUAAUGGCCAUUUGA